UCCCUCGCCUCUUCCUGCCGGGCGGUCCCCCUCUCCCCCCCUCUUCGCUCCCUCCGCCUUGCUCCCUCCGCCCUCCCAGGGCUCUGGCGGCCGCGGAGUGAACGGGACGGGCCCGGCCGCAGAGCGCGGAGCGGCGGGUGGGACGUGGGCGCCUGGCAGAGUUGUUCCGGCCCUGCCCGCGGAGACGUGAGGAGUUUUGACCAGGUGGAUGUGGGAAGAGAAGUUUGUAGAAUUGAAAUGGAGGUCAGAGCUUCAUUACAGAAGGUUAGUGGGUCAUCAGAUUCUGUGGCUACACUGAACAGUGAAGAAUUUGUUUUGGUUUCUCAGCAUGCAGAUGAUACGUCUACAAAAGAUGAUGAAAAACCUGAACUGAAGAUUGUUUCUAAUGGUGAUGAACAGUUGGAAAAAGCCAUGGAAGAGAUUCUGAGAGAUUCUGAGAAAGGGCAAAGCAGUCCUCUUGCUGAUUGUCAGAGUUCCAGUGAGAGUUCAGACCAUUCAUUUGGAGAUGUUUCAGCCAGCCAAACAAAUAAGCCAUCUCUUCAGUUAAUUUUGGAUCCAUCGAAUACAGAAAUUUCUACACCCAGACCAUCUUCUCUAAGUGGAUUACCUGAAGAAGAUAGUGUUUUAUUUAACAAACUGACCUACUUGGGAUGUAUGAAGGUUUCUUCCCCACGUAAUGAAGUGGAGGCUUUACGGGCAAUGGCAACUAUGAAAUCUUCGAGUCAGCACCCCUUUCCUGUUACUCUUUAUGUGCCAAAUGUUCCAGAAGGUUCUGUGAGAAUUAUAGACCAAUCCAGCAAUGUGGAGAUAGCUUCUUUUCCAAUCUACAAGGUGUUAUUCUGUGCACGUGGACAUGAUGGGACAACAGAGAGCAAUUGUGUUGCAUUUACAGAGAGUUCCCAUGGUUCAGAAGAAUUUCAGAUACAUGUUUUCUCCUGUGAAAUUAAAGAGGCAGUAAGCAGAAUUUUAUAUAGUUUCUGUACAGCAUUCAAACGUUCUUCCAGACAAGUGUCUGAUGUUAAAGACUCAGUUAUUCCUACCCCUGACAGUGAUGUGUUUACCUUCAGUGUCUCCUUGGAGGUAAAAGAAGAUGAUGGAAAAGGAAACUUUAGUCCUGUGCCUAAGGAUAGAGAGAAAUUUUAUUUCAAGUUAAAACAAGGAAUAGAGAAGAAGGUGGUAAUUACAGUGCAGCAACUUUCUAACAAAGAAUUAGCUAUUGAAAGAUGUUUUGGAAUGUUAUUAAGCCCAGGUCGAAACGUGAAGAACAGUGACAUGCAUUUACUGGAUAUGGAAUCCAUGGGAAAGAGCUAUGAUGGAAGAGCUUAUGUUAUUACCGGCAUUUGGAACCCCAAUGUGCCAAUAUUUCUGGCACUUAAUGAAGAAACCCCAAAAGAUAAGCGGGUGUACAUGACUGUGGCAGUGGAUAUGGUAGUCACAGAGGUGGUGGAGCCUGUCCGCUUUCUCCUGGAGACUGUCGUACGGGUGUACCCUGCAAAUGAGCGAUUUUGGUAUUUCAGCAGAAAGACUUUCACAGAGACGUUCUUCAUGAGGUUGAAACAGUAUGAGGGAAAAGGCCAUACCAAUGCUGGAGAUGCAAUAUAUGAGGUAGUAAGUCUGCAGCGACAGUCUGAGAAGGAGGAACCGGUAACUCCCACUAGUGGAGGGGGUCCCAUGUCACCACAGGAGGAUGAAGCAGAAGAGGAGAGUGAUAAUGAACUCUCAAGUGGAACCGGUGAUGUGUCUAAGGAUUGUCCUGAGAAGAUCCUUUAUUCUUGGGGAGAACUGCUAGGAAGAUGGCACAAUAACCUUGGUGCCCGACCAAAGGGGCUGUCCACUCUGGUGAAGAGCGGUGUCCCUGAAGCAUUGAGGGCAGAGGUAUGGCAGUUACUAUCAGGCUGCCAUGACAACCAGACAAUGCUGGAUAGAUACCGACUUCUUAUCACAAAGGACUCAGCCCAGGAGAGUGUUAUCACUAGAGAUAUUCAUCGUACGUUUCCUGCACAUGAUUACUUUAAAGAUACUGGAGGAGAUGGCCAGGAAUCACUUUACAAGAUUUGCAAGGCCUACUCUGUCUACGAUGAAGACAUUGGGUACUGUCAGGGACAGUCCUUUCUUGCUGCUGUAUUGCUGCUGCAUAUGCCAGAGGAACAAGCAUUCUGUGUUUUGGUGAAAAUCAUGUAUGACUAUGGUUUGCGAGAUCUCUACAAAAACAACUUUGAAGAUCUUCACUGUAAAUUCUAUCAGUUGGAGAGACUAAUGCAGGAGCAGUUACCAGACCUGCAUACCCAUUUUUGUGAUCUGCACCUGGAAGCACAUAUGUACGCGUCCCAGUGGUUUCUCACUCUUUUCACUGCCAAGUUCCCUCUCUGCAUGGUCUUCCACAUCAUUGACUUACUGCUUUGUGAGGGUUUGAAUAUUAUCUUUCAUGUAGCCUUGGCUCUCCUAAAGACCUCAAAGGAAGAUCUUCUGCAGGCUGAUUUUGAAGGUGCUUUAAAGUUUUUCAGAGUUCAGCUUCCAAAAAGAUACAGGGCUGAGGAAAAUGCCAGAAGAUUGAUGGAGCAGGCUUGCAAUAUUAAGGUACCGACCAAGAAACUGAAGAAAUAUGAGAAAGAAUAUCAGACAAUGCGAGAGAGUCAGCUGCAACAAGAAGACCCAAUGGAUAGAUACAAGAGGGAGAACCGGAGACUACAGGAGGCCAGCAUGAGGCUGGAACAGGAGAACGAUGACCUCGCCCAUGAACUGGUCACCAGCAAAAUUGCUCUGCGAAACGACUUGGAUCAGGCAGAAGACAAGGCGGAUGUGUUGAAUAAGGAGCUCCUCCUGACCAAACAGAGGCUGGUGGAGGCUGAAGAGGAGAAGAGGAAGCAAGAGGAAGAGACUGCGCAGCUGAAAGAAGUCUUUCGGAAACAGCUGGAGAAGGCAGAAUAUGAAAUAAAGAAGACCACUGCGAUCAUCGCUGAGUAUAAGCAGAUCUGCUCCCAGUUAAGUACCAGACUGGAGAAACAACAAACAGCCAGCAAGGAGGAGCUGGAAGUGGUAAAGGGUAAGAUGAUGACGUGUAAACACUGCAGUGACAUUUUCAGCAAAGAGGGCACUUUGAAACUAGCGGCCAUCAGCAGAGAGGACCAGGGGAUCGAGCCGGACGACGAGAAGGACUCCCUGAAGAAGCAGCUGAGGGAGUUGGAGCUGGAAUUGGCGCAGACCAAGCUGCAGCUGGUGGAGGCUAAGUGCAAAAUCCAGGAACUUGAACAUCAGAGAGGAGCCCUUAUGAAUGAAAUCCAAGCUGCAAAAAACUCUUGGUUUAGCAAAACCCUGAACUCUAUCAAAACGGCCACGGGCACCCAGCCGCUGCAGCCACCACAGGCCACCCAGCCACCCAAGGAGAGCACAUAGUUCCAGCCUCGCCCGAGCACAAGAGCACAAUGAUCAAAGUGACAGAAACCCAGGAGGACUCUCCCCAGUGUCCCUUUGAAGGAAAGUAAAGGAGGCCAGAAAGCAAGCCAGAAUCUUUCAGUAGCUCUCUUUCUUGUUUGAUACUUUUCAAAGGGAUGUUACUUAAACUGCCCUGACUUAUGUUGAAUACCUGUUUUCGAGCUUCUUCAUGGGAGGCCACGUUCAGUUCCAUCAUAGUGAUUACACAUUAUUUUAUAUGCCUGAUGUUUAGUUGGAAAUAAGUAAUUCAGAACUAAAUGCCUUUUAUUUAGAACUAAUUAUUCAUAAUUACUUUUAUCUUCCAUAAAAAUGGAGAUGUCUUUUAUUCCAAGGUUGAAGUGAUAAGAUGAUAUUUGUCACAGCAAAUAAAAAAAAGAAGAAGAAAGAAAGAAAGAAAAAAAGAUUGAAACCGAAAGCUCUUAACUUUUCAGGACUUAUUCACAGAAAGCACACUGUGGGGCCAUUCGUGACGACCAUCAGGUUUCUUCCCGAAAGUGAUUCCCUGGAUAAUGAUAAUCCUGUCCAAAGAGUAAACCUGGGAUUGAGCAGUCCCCAAAAGGAAUUAGUUUAUUUUCAUUUUCUGUUGGGUAUAUCUGGAAAUGAAGUGGCAAGAAUCAUAGAAUAAGAUAGACUAUUGACAAUACACGCUAGAUGAAAGGCACUGGGAUUUUGAUAAACCCAGGAGAAGAUAAACCAUUUGGCCCUAGUAUUCUAACGGGUCCUUUUGAGAAACUCUGCGUGGGGAUUGCAUAUUCCUAAGUAUGAACACUUGCAGCAAACGUGAAGUCAGGAGGGUCUAGUGCGAGCGGCAGCAUUAGGGAACCUUUACCAGACAAGCCUAGAGAGGCCCAGGUUCAGGCACUGUGCUUAAAAUGAAAUGGAGAACCAGGGACAGAGUAUUUCAUUUGAUACUGACAUAUAUUUGCUAAGGAAACACUAAUAUACUGUAGCUUUUUAAAGUUAUGAAAUGGGAAAUACAGGCCAGCUUCACAUCAUCUUAGUUUACUGUUGGGCAACUUUUCCUGAUUUCUGUAUCUCCCCACAAAUGUGCCCUUGGUACCCGAGAGGAAGAGAUGCGAAUGCAUUGGUAACAUUUUUGAUUGAAUACAAAACCUUUAUAGAAAUACUUAUCUCCUGGAAAGGGAAAGCUAGUGUUUAAAAGUUGGUGGAAAUAGUUUUUUCAAUGAUAUUUAACAUGUCUGUGUGGAUCGUCCUUGCAGGAAAUCCUUUGGUAAGGACAAAACCAAUUUUCCCAUCUUCUAAGCUAGUUUGGAGGCCUUCGGUCCUUUGCACCACCCAAACUGCUGCCAGCAUGUACAAUAACAUUUAGUGAUAUUCAUCCUUGGCUUCAUUGUUGAACACGUUCUUAGCAAGGACCUUAAACUCUGUAGUGCCACAGGGAUUCUCGUCUGUGCCACAUGUUGCAAUUAAAAGUAACACAUUCUUGGAAGUAAAAAUUAAGGAAGAGCCAUCUCGACUCCGGGAGCACGUGCUACAAGUUGCUCGUGGUAGAUCCUUUCCUCCAAAAUGAUCAUUAAACUCUAAAAAGUUAAGUCCCCUUCACUUGUGUUUAUAUCAUCUACAACCCAUUAAACCGAUAUGGAUGUUACCCUUUGUUACACUCAUCAAAUAAUACUUUUUUUACAGAAUUAUUUGUUUGGUCCUGACAUCUUUCAUUAUAAUAUUCAUUUCCUUGUACCAAAAAGAAAAUAAUCCAGCAUUCUUGAGUGUGUGUUGACUAAUAUUCCCUACUCGGUGAUUUAGAAAAGGUAAUCUUUUUGUUGUUGUUGUUUAAAUAUAAUGGCUAGAAAAAUUGCAUCUUGGUACUUGUUUCUGUAAAUCAUUCAGUAUAAUUUUUUAGCUUUGCUGGUACUUUAUGCUUUUAUUCCAGGAAGCCUUGUACAAGUUGCCUUAUGAAAUGGCCAGCUAAAUUAAAGAUGUUCUUUUGUGUUUUGUGACUCUCAUAGUUUUACUGUAAGAGCUCUUUUUAACCUCCAAAAAUCAGCACAUUCCACAGAAUGCCUAAAUUGCAGUAUUUUCCUUACAUCGCAGUUGAGGGACAAAUAGAACGGCUGUGGGUUCAGUCCUUACCUGUACACCUGGCUCAGUUCCAGAGCCCCUAACAUCUUUUUUCUUUAAACAAAAUCACCAGGUACCUGCAUUCCAAAUGUGUAAUGUCUUUUGCAUUUUCUCCUAACUCUUUCAAAAGAUUUUAAUGGCCAUCUAUAGAUUUUUUUCUUCUUCUCCAUUUCUGUAUCAUACUUAGGUACGUGUAUUGGUACCAUAAGUCUGAACUGUUCCUUUGUGCAAUGCCUUUGGGUCAGUAGCAAUACUAAAGAUAGAAAAUUCAAAAUUUGGUAUAGGAUGUGAUUAUUCAUUCAAUAUGUUCUCAUAGCACUCUCCCAAACCACAUAUCCUUCCCCACAUACAGUUUGCAAACUUGUGCAUCCCGGUAUUAAGUAACUGCUAGUUUUAAUUUCACUUAUUUUGAAACAUAUUUGAAAAUUGCCACUCUUCUCUUGAAUUUCUUUUAGAUAUCAACUAACCCAAAUAUCUAGGAAAUUUCCAAAUAUUCUAGAGUGUUUUUUGUCUUUUCCUAGGAUAUGUUGUAGGAAACAUUCCUCCAAAAAAUCCAACAUUUGCAGAAUUCUAAAGAGUGAUGAUUUCUUCUUUCAUUAAAUUCUGCAGAAUAAAUUAAGGGAAUGAAUUUCAAUUUCAUAGUUCAGUUCAUUAGCUUUUGUAUCUCGAGACUCUUGUUUAACACAUUCUUUCAAGCUGAAAGAAACCAGGCUGAAUUUUGCGGUGCACAUGUUUGCUAGCUUCCCACAUCCCAAGCUAUGGCACAAUUUGGUUAUAUUUAGUUACAUAUAAUUUAAUGCAAAGAUAUUCUCAGUUACCUAAUGUCCUGUUUAUGAGUGCUUAUCAGAAACACUAAUAGGAAUGUCAUAUGGGCCUAUGACCUCUCUUUCCAUAUAUAACCUCUCUCUCUUUCCCUCUCCCAGCUAGUAAGUUAGUAAUUUCUCCACUGGUCGUCUUAAAUUUCCAUAGUAAAGUACAAAAGCAAUCUUUGCACUGAUGUUGGGAUAUUUAAUAAUAAUAGUUAUCUUGUUUCAUAUUUUUUCCAAAAUUUUCAUUCCUUUAUACUAUGUAUUAAUAUUUAUUUUUCUCAAACACCUCCUCCAUUUCCUUAAAAUAUUUAACAGUUAAUAGCUAUGGCUUUAUUUCCCAGAGGAAGUGAGAAAAACAAGAGAAUACACAGUUUAGGGCGUGAGAUGAGAAAUCCUUAAAGGAGUUGAUUUGUUAUUGAGGAUGAAGAUCAUGUAUCUAACUAAUGUAAGGGAUCUUGUUUUCUGUAGCUGAAAUCAGCCUAAUUAUCCUGCCAGAGUGGUUGUCUGAUUUCAGGACCUCUUUAAGGGAAAAAUUUAAAAAUAAAUUAAAAAAAUUAAAUACCUGGUUUGUUUUCUCUCUCUGGGAAAGAACACUUUUAAUUACUCAGCAAGAGGAUUCUAUUGUACAACUUCCUCGUUAAAACGAACCACAAAGUCUAAAAUAGCUCUGCUUUUCUUGCUUCAGUUACAAGUAAAUGAGACAAUGGACCAACUCUGUUGUUUAACUUGAACACCGUUAGAUUUGCGUGUGCGCGUGAGUGGUAGGGUUCCACAGGGAGCAUCCCUGCCUUUUUUGUACAGCCAGGUACCGUGCCACUGAAUACAGCCGAGGCCAACCAAAAGUCUAGUGGCCCGUGUCUCCUACUACCAGAUACAGAACUGUCUUUCCCUCUGGUUGCCAUGCUGACGUCACGCUGAGCUGGAACUGUUCUAGAACACCUUUCCUUUCGCAAAGUGACGUCCGUGUAAUACAGGCAAAGCCCUUAAUCUUAGGAAUUCCCCUCUCUCCCGAAAGUUAACCAAAAUGAACACCUCCAUGUGGGCUGUACCUCCACAGCUGAUGACCGUGAGAUGUGAGGAGAAAAGUAGAUGUUUACAAGUAGCUUAGGGACUACAGUGGGCUGUCAGGUGUUCCCUUCCCGGCUUCCAUCUAAAAGACUGCACGGCCAGUGUCUCUCCGAAUGAAUUUGUUACAUGUUAUAAAGACAUCAUCAACAUGUGUCCAUUCUCUCCACCUCCGUCCUUGGUCUGUCAUUAGUAGUAUUCUGAAAACUUUAAGAAUAAAGCAUCGUUGAAUAAAAACCAAACAUUUUAAAGUUAUUUUCCUUUUUCAUUGGCAAUGAAUUAAAACAUGUAAAAUCUUUUCCAUUAAAAUGUAACGUUUAAUAACUAUAUUAUAUGUGGAAUAAAGUAUGAGGAAACUCAAUUAUAAGUGUAUAAAUGCAUCAGGACUCUGGUGUCAUGCAAGCACAAGAAUAAAGCUGGAGAUGGUCCCAGAAUCCAAGAUGACCCAAUAGCCUUUUGCAUCACUUUCUCCAUUUUUGAUGUUUUGCAUAACGUCUGGAUCCUCAGUUCAAAUGAAGGAAGAACUUUCUCAAUGAGCAUCACUUCCUUUCUUUCAACUCCUACCUUUCCCUUGCUGAGGAGGUAGCAGAAAUUCUGUACCAUUUAUUUUUAUGAGUUCUGUGAUUUUGCCCAUGACUUCUCUGAUGAAAACAGGUUCUAGAAGAAAGGAGUUGAUUGUAGUGCUGACUACAAAAGAAACAUGGAUGAGCAGCCUCUGUGAACACUGACCAAUUUGAUGUUUCCAUAAUUCCAUGUAUUAUGUAUAGUACAUGCUAUCUGUAAAUGUAAUGCUUGUUAAGAAAAGUGCAAUUUAUUGUAUAUUGUCCCAAGAAAUGUUUACUUUUUUAACAGUUAUGAACUUGGAUUAGUAUCUUGUUUUCAUGUGUGAAUGAAGCCUUGUGAAAUAAACAAAUUCAACCAAAA